AUGCCAAAGAGCGAGGCCCAGAGCCCGAGUGAGUCCAUUCAACAGGGCUUGGGGGCUUGGGGGCCCUUAGGGCCGUAUGACCUGGAGUGGCUGCUCCUUCGGGUGGCCGACUUUGGCGCCGAGGCGCAGGCUCAGACGGCCGAGUGGAAGGCCGACGCGGCGCCUCCACCACUACAGCUGCUGAUCCCGGAAACCGUCCUCUUGGAGAGGAGUCCCCAGAUCCUCUUCUUCACCGACUGCGCUGGCUACCUCAGGGCCGCGCGGCGUCCGAUGCGGAAGGAGCCCUACGUGGUUUACAACUGCAUCGUGGAGCUGAUCAAGUCCCGGCAGCAGAUGGACUGGAACUGCUACCGUGAGGUGGAGUCGCAGCUCGAGAAGCUCGAGCGCACGGAGCGCGUGGAGUUUAUCUCGGGCUCCCGGCGAAACAGCCGAAGCAGCCGUGGCGCAAGCGACACGGCGGACCUGAAAAGCCCUAAGAAGUCUGCCAAGAGCAACACGCUGGGGAAGUCCAUCGUGCUGAAGUCCCCUCUGGCUCUACGGAAGACCUACUGGAGGUUCUGGGCUUCUGGCACUGGCAGCAGCGACCAGCGCUUGCUGGACAGUGAGGUCUGCAGCUGCUUCGAGGGCCGGCGCGAGUGGCCUGCCGGGGUCACCUUACUCCAGGCCACCUUCUGGACUGGCCAGUCUACCCCGCGCCCAAAGUUUCUUACGUACCGCUACAACGCCCUUCAGACGGAGGCGGUGGGGGCUGUUCACAAUAGGCUGGCAGACAUCAUGAACAACCAUUUCGAGCGCUACACAUUCCUGGAGUCCGUGCGCGAUCGGAACAGGAUGUCCGCAGUACCAACCCAGCUCGCCCAGCAUCUUACCUACUACUGCAACAUGGAGCUCGUGUCUGGAGAGUUCAUCUUCUACAAGGACCGGAAGUCACAGCUCUGGCUCGCGGACGCCCGAAAUCUGAUGUUUGUGCCCAGCAUAAGCCGAUCCGGCCACGCGUCGAAAGGCGGAGGCGGAGGAGCACAGGAGGCUUUACCACAGAAGAUGUUCCGUUACCUGUCCGAGGAGGCCUUGCAAAACUUGCUGGUGGACGAGAAGGAGGGCCCGAAGUGCCAGCGGAUGCUUGAGCUGAUGAUGCACGACUACCAGGCAAUGAAGGAGAAGUUUGGGGUUGACAGUAUGCUGCGGAAGGUGCAGCAAGAGUUGGACGUGACCGUGCCGGUUCUGGAAGGUACGGAUGUGGAGGCCCUGAGCCGAGUCUUCGAUAUUAAGCCCGAGCAUUUGGGUGCCGCAGCGGCCGCGCCCAAGCGGCACUUCCGCAUCCCCUCCCCGAAGGCGCAGUCGCACGUGGGCAGGUGCCGGUGGUAUUCCAGCGCUGCUGGGGCUCAAGUGCACGCGGCUGCGCAGAAGGUCCAGCGCCACGGCAGCCACAUGAGAGCCAUCAUCGCCCGAGGCCGAGAGGAGAAAGCGAAGGAGCUCCGGGAUGCCUGGCAGGACCUGCCACUGGUGCCCUCCAGUGCCGAGAGCGCCGUGACCAUGGCCUCCCUGGCCCCCAGCGGCCCCAGCGGCCCCAGCGGCCCCAGUGCCAGCGCGCGAAGCCUCCAGAGCCCGGGAAGCCCCGCGUCGCGGAAGGAGAGGCCGCACAGCAAGCGCUCGGCCAGGUCCAAGUUCUCGGGCAGUGAGAAGCCAGGCAAGGUGCAGCCAAAGAUUGAGAUCGUGACCACGGCCAUCGCGCAGGAGCUUCUGGUGGGUGCCGGCACGGGAGUCUGCCCCGAGGGAGACACCAUGGACAUGCUGCGCCCGAGCAUCAGCAAGCCGGGCCAAGGGCUUCGGAUGACGCGGAAGGCGGCCGUGCCAUCUGCCCGAGCCGUGGUCGUUCCGGAGGGUGCAGCUCUUCAAGCGAUGGCUAGGCUGAAGGCUUCCGUUGAGAUCGAGCAGGAGGCGCUCUUCGAGAAGUACCGGGAGCAGCUGGAGGCCGAAAACCGUGAGAAGGAGGCAGGGGCAGCCCAGGCGUCGGGCGGCACUCCACGGGACAAGACGCUCCGACCGAGGGGCUCGUUGGCUGCCACGAGCUUUGCCCAGGAUGUCCCUGGGCUCGGCCGCGCCGGAAGCAAGGGCAGCGAAGAGGCCCAGGCCGCGAAGCCCACGCUGGAGGAGCCCAUGGACAUGCCCCUCAACCACAAGUGCAGCUUGCUCGAGUGCUCCACGGCCACCUGCUGGGUACUCAAGGCCGGGAACAAGUCCUCCCGCAAGCGGCCAGAGACUCCUGACUCGUCAGACUAG